AUGACUGAAGCCGUGCAGCUGCAUCGUCUUUCGUGCACCCGAUGUAAAGAACGCAAGGUCCGCUGCAAUCGCGUCUUGCCGCGCUGCGACCGCUGUAUCACUCACGAUGCGGAAUGCGUGUACCCCGAGCGGGCCAAGCGGCGGCCCCAACGGCCCCCUCCGGAGCACCCCACUUCUCACCGCGCGGGCGAUGAGCCGACGGCCCUCAACACCAUCCUCGACCGGCUCCACCGACUUGAGCAGCAGAGCCUGAUCUCGCCGCCAUAUUCCGUCAGAGAUGGCCAUCACGCCGUUCUUCACCCGUCGGCGUCGUCUUCGCCGGCGCUCACGACGCCGUAUCCAAGCGGUGCCAUCACGGAGCUGUCACCCGUGUCCGCGUCUCCACACGGCAGCACUGGUCUGCAGCCGUCCGAGGUCGAUUCCACCGCGACGCUCAAGCAUGCCAUUGACCAGGUCCAAAAGCUGAAGCUUGAAGGCUAUGCUCGAUCGGUCAUAACUGAGAAGGUUGAGAUACCCAGAGAGCUUGCCAAAGCAUGGAUAGAGAACUACUUCACGCACAUGGCAACCGACAUGUUUCUCAGUCUCGUCAACCGGCGGCUGAUUCAACUUAUCCCCGACAUAAUAGACCUACCUCACGUUCAUCUCGACUUCUCCGUCCAAGUCCUGUACUAUGCCAUCCUCUUCCACGGAGCCACGCUCAACGUCAGCAACACCACCAGGAUUCGCGGGCAGGACUACGCCAAGUCCUGCUACCUAGGGGCCCUGCGAGCUCUUCCGCAAUGGAAAAGAGAGGCUACAGGCUCGGCGACGGACUUUGUCGCCGGCAUUCUCAUGACACGCGUUGCCGCCGAGUGUUUCGACUACGACCUCGCCUGGAAGAUGCACCAGCUCGCGAGCGAGUUUGCCCGAGCGCUGAACUUGCAUAACCUGGACGGAGGCGACUACGCGGGCAUCAACGACAGCGGACGGUCGGACGACGACCGCAGAGGCUUCUGGCAGCUCAUCCAGGUCGACCUGUACAUUCGCCUCCUCAUGGACAAGCCGCCCGUCAUCACCAACGACGCGUGGAACGUCAACCUUCCUUGGCUGGACAACUCGCAGGCCCCGCCGGAGGGCUUCCAGGCCAUCGCUUUCCUCAUCUUGUCGCGCAUCACCAUGAUACUUAUGCGCUUCUUCGCGCUCAUCGACGACACGGCGCGCCGGACCAGGAGCGAGCUGCGACGAGAAACAGAGCACUUGUGCGAGGAGAUUGAGCAGUUGUAUGUUGACUGGCAAGCGCAUGACUUUUCUACAUUGACGUCUGAAAAGGAAGAGGACACGUGGGUCGUCGCCGACUGCCUCAUCACGGGCUACACGUGCAUCAUCUUCAUGCUCCGCAAGAUCGACGUCCUGGGGACCGACUCGCCCAUACUUGUCGCUCGAGACGCCGACCUGCCGACGCACCCGCUGGUGCUGGUGGCGGCGCGGCACAUCAUCCGCGUGGCGAACCACAUCCUGGCCAUCUACUCGAACCCGGAGACCAUGUCGGCCGUGCUCGGCGCGUACGGGGCGUACAUACCCGCGGCGUGCCUGUACCGCGAGGUGCUGCGCGCCGAGGACGCGCGGGCGCACGCGCACGACAUGGAGGUGCUGGACAGGUUCUCGUCGCUCGUGUGCUCCAUCUCGCGCGGCAGGAGGGAGCUGUAUCCGUUUGUGAGGGCGAUGAACACGUUGAAUGCGGACGUGAAGAAGAAGUGCGAGGAGACGAGGGCUUGA